GCGCAUCCGGGUCAUACAAACGCCGCGGUUUCCUCCGCUCUGUUGGUUUCACCGUGGGUCCAGCCGGUUCCCCAGGGGUUUGGAGUCCGGGAUUUGCGGCUUUCGGACUGUGAAGACUGCAGAAAGAGGUUUGUAAUCCGGUCGAAUAAGCAUAAUAAAGAAAUAUUAGUCCUCAUGGAAGAAGAGCAAGAUUUACCAGAGCAACCAGUAAAAAAGGCCAAGAUGCAGGAACCAGGAGAACAACCAUUAAGUCAAGCAAGCAACACAGAUGUCAAUGAUCAGAAACCAGAAACAUCAAGCCUUGCUUCAAACCUUCCCAUGUCAGAGGAAAUUAUGACAUGCACCGAUUACAUCCCUCGCUCAUCCAAUGAUUAUACCUCACAAAUGUAUUCUGCAAAAACUUAUGCACAUAUCCUCUCAGUUCCUGUUUCGGAAACAGCUUACCCUGGGCAGACUCAAUACCAGACUCUACAGCAGUCUCAACCCUACACUGUCUACCCUCAGGCGACACAAACAUAUGGACUACCUCCUUUUGCUUCAAGCCCAAAUGCCAGCCUGAUUUCCACUUCACCCACAAUUGCCAAUGUUCCAGCAGCAGCAGUUGCCAGCAUCUCAAACCAGGACUAUCCCACCUACACUAUCCUUGGGCAGAAUCAGUACCAGACCUGCUACCCCAGCUCCAGCUUUGGAGUCACGGGUCAGACUAACAGUGAUGUUGAGAGUACCACAUACCAGGCAGAGAAGCCUAGUGUCAUGGUACCUGCUCCAGCAGCACAGAGACUAUCCUCCGGAGACCCCUCCACAAGCCCAGCUUUGGCCCAGAACACACCAAGUAAAGAUGCUGAUGAUCAAUCCAGGAAAAACAUGACUGGCAAAAACCGAGGCAAGAGGAAAGCUGAUGCCAGCUCUUCUCAGGACAGUGAGCUAGAACGGGUAUUUCUUUGGGACUUGGACGAAACCAUCAUCAUCUUCCAUUCCCUACUUACUGGAUCCUACGCCCAGAAAUAUGGAAAGGACCCAACAGUAGUGAUUGGCUCAGGUUUAACAAUGGAAGAAAUGAUUUUUGAAGUGGCUGAUACACAUCUGUUUUUCAAUGACUUAGAGGAGUGUGACCAGGUGCAUGUGGAAGAUGUGGCUUCUGAUGAUAAUGGCCAGGAUUUGAGCAACUAUAGUUUCUCCACAGAUGGUUUCAGUGGCUCAGGAGGCAGUGGUAGCCAUGGUUCCUCUGUGGGUGUCCAGGGAGGUGUGGACUGGAUGAGGAAACUGGCUUUCCGCUACCGAAAAGUGAGAGAAAUCUAUGAUAAGCAUAAAAGCAACGUGGGUGGUAAAGAGAGUUGCUUUGAGAGAAUUGUGUCACGAUUUGGAAAGAAAGUCACAUAUGUAGUGAUUGGAGAUGGACGAGAUGAAGAAAUUGCAGCCAAACAGCACAACAUGCCCUUCUGGAGGAUCACAAACCACGGAGACCUAGUGUCCCUUCACCAGGCUUUGGAGCUUGACUUCCUCUAAGAACUGGAAUGGGGGACUUCCUGUGGGCUCCUUUCUCUCCUGAAGGGAGCCAGAAGCAACUGGGAACUUCCUUACUUUCUCUCCUCUGUCUCUGUCUGGCUGUCUAGCUGUCUCUCCUUCUCUCUCCUCUCCUCUCCCCACCCCCCCGCCCUCUCUGGAAUGCUGGCGAGAACACAAUCAAAACCAACAACUGCAACUUUUGCCAAGAGUGAGCACAGCCUGUGUCCAGCCUCACGCACACUAGACAGGACGGGGGGGGGCGAAGGGGGAGGACAUCACCUUUCUGCAGCUGCAGUGCUUUUCAUUCUUCUGUGUUUUGUUUCCAGAAAGGAAAAACACAAAAGGGAAUUCUCGGGGUACGAUUGUACUCAGUCCGCGAGCAGGUGGCACUGUUGCCCCUUGUGGUAAGGGGCAGUGCGCGGCGUUUGGGAGGCCGUCCCCUACCGUUUUUAGGGGAUGCCGUGUAUAGAGGGGAGGGUCUGCUCUCUGAAGCAGGUUCCCCUGUUCUGUCAAGAAAGAGGCGUGGAGGCUUCCAUACAAACAGUCGCUGAAGGAGCCGAAACCCUCGGUGGCGGCACUUCCUCUCUGCCCCUCAGCUGGCUCGCUCCAUGGUGGGCACUGGGCACUGGUGAACGUUAGGCUUUGGCACCGCAUCCUAGAGCCUCAGUCCCCCCUCAGUCCCGCUUCCCCUUAAACUACAUGGCACAACCCUGAAACCUCUUUCCUUAGGCAGUAAAUUUGAAGCUGUCUGGUGGACUCUGACUUAGAAACUCCAUCCCAGGAGGCUUAGCCAUCAAACUGGAGACAAGGGACACAGGCUUCUUAGGAAUUUCAUCCGCUUUGGCUCUUGAGACCAGAAGAUUCCAAUUAUUCCUCCUGCAGAGAAGCCCUCUCCUGCCGGACACUCCUUCAGCCUCUUCCCGACCCCUCCUGGAUCCCUCCCCACCCUCAGAGCCUCACAUCCACUGCACCCAGCUCCAGCUCCAGCCAGGCCCUGCCCAGGCGGGUAAAGAGGUCAACUCAAGCCUAAGCACAAGCUCCUAGCUACUUCCUGGAGGAGGCCCUUCACCUGCAGGGUAUCCUGGGCGGGAAUUUACCCAGAUCUCUUCCAGGAACCUAAUUUCCUAUGGGACACCCUACUUUCAAAUCCCAUUCUGAGAUGGGAAAGCAGAAAGACUUCCUUGAUUUAAAUGAGAGCAUUAGUUCCUCUGUUUCAUGCCUGAAAUCCAGAGCCAGGUGCGAGUCACCCCUCAGCCUGGCCCUGCCAGCUUGGUGUUGGUCCCAGCCCUCAUCCCGCCUCCUAGCCUAGUAGCUGUGUUUCUGUGGAUGCCCUCGCUCUCCAGGAUUACCCGCACACCUGCUCAGAAGGUUUGAACUUCCCCAUAGCAGCCUCAGAAGGAGGUCCUUAAAGCAACCCCCGCUGAAGUCUCAGGUCCUCAAUGCUGUGUACCCAUUCCCACAGAUGUCGAAGCACAAGGCGGCAAGAUUCUUUCCAACACGGGCUCACACAGCUGCUGCCCAGGCUUAGAGCUGGCGGGAAGCACUUCAUGGUCUAAGGUUUAGGAAGAGGCUUCCAUCACUUAGAUGCCUUGGCCUCUGUUUCCGGAUGGGAGUGCGAGCAGGGAGGGAUUCUGAGGCCAACCUUCCCGGUCUGUCCACAGCUGCUGCCCACAUGCUGCCCUGCCUUGUUGGAAAGCUCUCGGCCCUCCGCUCACUUCCAUGGUAGCUGUUGACUUCUGGUCUGGACAAAGGCCCCCCACUGGGUUUGGGCCUCACCCUGUGCAGGUUGUUCGCCCUAGCAGCCACCCUCUACUCUGGGAGAGUUCUUUAUUCCUAGAGUAUGGCCUUUUCCUCUUACUCUCACUGCCCAGCUUAGCGCUUUCCAAGAGGAAGUUAGACUUGGCCAGUGAGAAGUGGUGAGAAGUUCGGAACGGAGCAGCCUCUGCUUUCUGCUGGCCGCCGUCCUCAUGUAGAGGGCAGAUGAGAAGCAGGCGCUUCUAGGUCAUCCUCGCCAAGAGCGAUCGUCCAGGGGUCACUGCCCUUGCUCCCCUCCCCACCCAAGGACCUGGAAGGGAAGGAAAAGUUGCUGGAGGCUCCGGCCUGACCCUUCUACAAGGCAGGACCCCCCUUCCUACAAGAGGGAGUGCACUGAAGCUAGCCACGUGGCGACCCGCCUGGCACAGUUCCGGAAGGCGAUGGGGCAUCUCGCAGUGGGAGCUGUUUCUGUGGUGGCUCUGGAGCCAUUGGUGACCUGGGGUUAGAGGUGGCGUGACUUUCGAAUGUAAAACUAACUGUGCCUUAGCAUCACCCUGUCCGAUGGGGCAGCUGGUGAUGUCCAGGAGAGGGGACCCCUGCUCCACAUUUAGAUGCCCAUUUGGGCUUUUGUUUGAUUUGGGGUGUUUCUGUCUUCUGCCCUGCAAGUUAAGGGGCAAAGCUGGAGUCCCCAUACUUGCAGCUUGUUCAGUUUCCACAGUGUUGGGUAGGAUGUGACAGGUGAACUCA